UUGAAUGGAAAAGAUAAUGAACAGAACCAACUGAACGUACAAUCAUCAAAGAGCUUUGUACAAUGCAUGUUACUACGAGCGUACAUCUUUCUUCUUUUUUGUUUCUUUGAACAACCACCAAAAGUUCAAAUUUCAAAAUUAAAAUCAGAAUAGCCCUCCAUCGGCGCGCUCGCACCAAGUCCGCCGCAACCGCAAUGGCAGGGAUAUCGAAGGCGGCGCCGGGAGCAUUCACGAUAACACCACACAAGCUCUCAAUUUGCAUUCUCAUUCAAGUCUAUGCUCCUCCCUCCCAAACCUCUGUCCCUUUCCCUUUCUCUUCUGUCUCUCAACACAAUCUUCUCGCCUCAUUCUUAUUAUCUCUCACUAAGUCUUCUGAGGAUAUUUUUGAGCCAAAGCUGGAUGAACUCAUCUCACAGCUGAAUGAAAUUGGAGGCGUACUGAAGCAUUGGUUGAGCGACCAUUUAGCUGGAAAGCUAUCAUCUUUAGCCUCACCAGACGAUUUGUUUAACUUUUUUAAUGACUUGCGAGGCAUACUUGGGGGUUCUGAUUCAAAUGUCAUGGAUGACGCUCAAAUCAUUUUGGAUCCUAGCAGCAAUCUUGGAGUCUUUGUUCGUCGUUGCUUACUUGCGUUUAACCUAUUGUCAUUUGAGGCUGUCUGUCAUCUUUUGACAAAUGUAGCAACAUAUUGCAAGGAAUCUCUCUCAGCUUAUCCUCCUUAUGAGUUAUCACAUUUCAACGAUUCUGAUAGCUAUACUGAAGCACCAAAGCACUAUGAGAACAUGGAUUUGGAGAAUUUUGUUGUUGAGAAAGUCAACAAAGAAAUCGAAGCAAGAAAUGUGGUUGACGAAAAGCUUUCCUUCCACAAUCAUGCACCUAAAGCUUUAGUUAGAUCAAUUGAAGAUCAUUAUUCUUCUCCUGGGCCACAAAUUAAAAGAAUCACUAAGCCAAGAGAAGUUAGCACAUGCGCAUCUUCUUCUUGUGAUGCAUCGGAUUGUGUUGAUUCUCAGACUGGAGCUUUCUUACGUACAAAUUGGCAAAUACAAGGAUAUCUCUUGGAGCAAGCUGAUACAAUUGAAAGGCAGGGAAGCUCCUUCACUCUCAAUGCUUUUGAGUCUGUAUUGAAGGACCUUCUUAAAUUAGCUCCAGAGUUACAUCGCGUUCACUUCUUGCGUUACUUGAAUAGCCUUUAUCAUCAGGACUAUCAUACUGCUCUAGAAAAUAUCCACCGGUAUUUUGAUUACAGUGCAGGGACGGAAGGAUGUGAUUUUAUACCUUCUUCUUCAACCGGUUGCAAUAGCUUUGGGAGAUAUGAAGUUGCUUUAUUAUGCUUGGGAAUGAUGCAUUUUCAUUUUGGGCACCCAAAGCAAGCUUUGGAGGUGUUGACAGAAGCUGUUCGUGUGUCUCAACAGCAAAAUAAUGAUAGUUGUCUUGCUUACACGUUAGCAGCAAUUUGCAAGAUGUUGUCUGAAUUUGGAGUCUCAAAUAUGAGGGGGCUUAUCGGAUCAUCCUAUUCACCUGUAACCAGUAUAGGAACUUCAUUAUCCACUCAACAACUCUUAUAUGUUCUAUUGAGAAGAUCCUUAAAGCGAGCGGAAAGUCUAAAGCUGAAACGACUGGUUGCGUCUAAUCAUCUUGCCAUGGCUAAAUUCGACCUGACUCAAGUGCAAAGACCUUUGCUUUCAUUUGGUCCAAAAGCUUCCAUGAAACUUGCAACAUGCCCAAUUAAUGUCUGCAAGGAACUGAGGUUGAGUUCUCAUCUAAUUAAUGAAUAUGGUGAUGAGGCUUCACUAAUGAUCUCGGACGGGGCUUUUUGUACUCAAUGGAUUAAGAACUUAAAGAAGCCAAAAUGUUCCGUUAUCUUUUCCCAUGAGAAUGAAUGUAGGAGUAAUACUGAUGCUCUCCAGUUCUGUGGGCAGCCAUGUUCCAUCCCUGGAUCUGUGCUGCAACUUUUAGGCUCUUCGUAUUUGUUCCGUGCUACUGCUUGGGAGGUCUACGGCAGUGCACCUCUUGCUCGAAUGAAUGCACUGCUUUAUGCGACAUGCUUUGCCGACUCAUCGAGUUUGGAUGAUGUGGCAUUAGCGUAUGGAAAACUUAUCCAGCAUCUAGCAGUAUUUAAAGGAUACAAAGAAGCUUUUGCUGCUCUGAAACUUGCGGAGGAGAAGUUUUUAUCUGUUUCAAAGUCACAAAUUCAGCUUGUAAAACUUCAGUUGCUCCAUGAUCAUGCUUUACAUACGGGAAAUUUAAAACUUGCUCAACAGUUGUGUGAUGAGCUAGGUGUUUUAGCCUCUUCAGUAACUGGUGUAGAUAUAGAGAUAAAAGUUGAAGCUAGCCUCCGCCAUGCACGAAUACUAAUUGCAGCGAACCAAUUUAGCCAGGCAGCAUCUAUCGCACACUCUCUCUUCUGUAUGUGCUACAAAUUCAGUUUACAAGUCGAGAAUGCCACUGUUCUUCUUUUACUUGCAGAGAUACACAAGAGAUCAGGAAAUGCUGUUUUAGGUAUUCCGUACGCGUUGGCAAGCCUUUCCUUUUGUAAAUCAUUCAACUUAGACCUUCUCAAAGCAUCUGCUACGCUGACGCUGGCGGAGCUUUGGCUCUCACUUGGAUCAAGUCAUGCAAAAAGAGCUUUGGCUCUCAUACAUGGGGCAUUUCCUGUACUUCUUGGUCACGGUGGUUUGGAGCUUCGUGCUCGGGCUUUUAUUACUGAAGCAAAAUGCUAUCUUGCUGACUCGAGCUUUUCAGUAUCUGAAGAACCAGAAAUGGUACUUGAACCGUUGACGCAGGCUGCCAAAGACCUGGAACUUCUAGAGGUUAGUCAAUAUGGACAAUUUAGCAUUCAAUUCAAUGACAUUUAUACUCUAGUUAAAAGACUUCAGUUUUGGUUCCAAGAAAUUUGUAAUUCCUCAUUGUGUAUUAAUAUGCUAAAAGAAGUACAUUGGAUUACGUUGUGGGAAGUGAUAUACAUCAAUAGCUAAGUGAAAUAAUAUCUA